GCGAUUGAGACGCUAGUGUUUAGUGGGAUAAAAUAAUAAUAAUAAUAAUUGUGAAUUAUAUUUUCUGUCCUCACUUACUGAUAUGAGUCAGUAAUUUCAUAUGUUUAGCUGAAAUAGAAAGAAUCAGCAAUCUGAAAUUAGAAGUUUAUUUGUUAAUAAUCGUGCUAAAUUGAUUAAAAUAAAACUAUUUACCUUUUUUCGUAACAUUUUAUUGAUAGAAUCUCGCUAUGGUCGUUUCAUUGUAUAAUUUAUUCGAAGCUACAUUAUUGUGCAUAAAUGCUAUCGCCGUUCUUCACGAAGAACGUUUUCUUGCAAAAGUUGGAUGGGGAAGAGAUCAGAGCAGAGGGUUUGGCGAAGAACCAGGAGUCAAAGCCCAGUUGAUGAAUUUGAUUCAUUCUGUAAGAACUGUUAUGAGAAUUCCCUUGAUAUUCCUGAAUGCAGUGGUUAUAAUUUUCAAACUUAUUUUAGGAUGAUGCUGAAAGCUAGUAAAUGUAUGUGAAUGCCAAUAAAAUAUUUUUGUACAUUUGUCA